AUGGGUAUCUGGGACGCUUUCUCCGAGAUUGUCGAGGCGGUGACGCCAUGGGGUGUUGUGGAGGCCGAGGCUCCGGCUGCUGCUGAGGAACCGCAGGAAGCUCCCGAGGCCAAGGUAGAGGAGAAGAAGGAGGAGGAGUCCAAGGAGGAGGAGCCCGCUGCGGAAGAGGAGCCUGAAGAGGAGGAGGAAGAAGAGGAGGAGGAAGAUGAGGACGAGAUCAAGGACCCCAAGGAGGAGCUCGAGGAAGAGUGCAAGAACUCUCCCCAGUGCUCGCCUGCCAAGCACCACUUUGACGAGUGUGUCGAGCGGGUUCACCAGCAGGAGAGCGAGGGCGAGGCCAAGGAGGACUGCGUCGAGGAGUUCUUCCACCUCGCUCACUGCGCCACCGCAUGCGCCGCCCCGAAGCUGUGGUCCAAGCUGAAAUAA